AUGGCAGACAACAACUGGUCUCUCGAAACGACGGCCGCGUCGAAGUUGAUUUCUGCGGUCUCCUCAACGCGAAGCCGACCACCAUCGCCCUCUUCUUCGGCGAGUAAGCGAGAGAGAGCCCUCUAUUCGGACACGGUGCUAAUCCACCGUCUCCCCAACCAGCCCUUCCAGGGCGCCGUGGUCGCAGCUGCGAAGUCCGGGCCGCCUCCCAUCCCCCACAAGACGCUGAACGCCGACAACCUCGCCCGAGCCAUCCGAUACUGCCUCACUGCCGAAGCAGCCGCGGCAGCCAGGGCCAUCUCGGAGAAGAUGCGCCCAGAGUCCGGCGUCAAGCGAGCGGUCGAAUCCUUCCAUGCGAACCUGCCGCUGGCCGACAUGAGGUGCGGCAUGCUGCCCGACCGCCAAGCGUGCUGGAAGAUCAAGAAGUGCAAGCUCUCCAAGGAAGCCGCCGGCAUCCUCGUGGCGAGCGCAAGAGUGGAACUGAACGAUUUACCAUAUAAUAGCCAGUUACCUAAUAUCAAAGAGAUGCGAGCGAAAACCGAGAAUGUCGACAUAUCUUCCUGGCUCGGAUGGAGUUGGCUUGCGUGCACUGCUACUCUAAUUGCUUACCUUACCGGCAUCACCCUCGUUCGCUACUUCGCCGAGCCGAACUGGUGGCAUGGACAUUUUAAGCGCUAUUUGUUCGACUCUCCGCUAUUUCGUACUCGUCAUCAUCGCGAGUUUAAGUUAUCGUCAGCAAUCAACAUGGGGACUAUUCCAAGUCGGCUUCAAACAAUCUACCUUGUCGCCUACUUGAGUAUCAACUUUAUCUUCCCAGUCAUGUUUAUUGACUUCAGUCCCGAGGGCAAAGGUGCGGCCGUUCAGCUACGCAAUCACUUUGGUGUUCUUUGCAUUAUGAACAUGCUUCCGCUGUUCCUCCUGGCAGGUCGUAAUAAUCCGCUGAUGAAGGCCACCGGCAUUUCAUUCGACACGUUUAACCUGGUCCACCGUUGGAUCGGCCGCAUUGUUAUUCUUCAGGCACUCGGCCAUACCAUUUCCUGGCUCGUUCCUAAGGUGCAAGCCAACGGCUGGAAGGCCUCUGUUGCUGCUUCGAUCCACAAUCAGUUCAUGCUCUGGGGCACUGUUGGAACUAUCUUUUUCCUUAUUAUUAUGGUACAGGCUGCAGGUCCAGUUCGCCACGCUUUUUACGAGAUAUUCCUCCACUUCCAUGUCCUGCUUGCUGCCAUCGGUCUUGCCGGUGUCUGGAUCCACUGCCAAACUCACAACUUCCAUCAGUUUGAGAUUGUCAAGAUCGUUCUCGCUAUCUGGGCUAUGGAGCGUAUCGUUCGCCUGUACUGGAUUUUGAAAAACGGUGGCACCAAGGCCGAGAUUCAGGCCCUUCCAGGCGAUUGCCUUCGGGUUACCCUCCAAAUCGCUCGCCCCUGGAAGUUUGAGCCCGGCCAGCACGUCUAUAUUUACAUACCGUCGAUAGGCCUGUGGACCUCUCAUCCCUUUUCGCUUGCUUGGAGCGAGGGAGAAAGCACCUGGGACGAUGAAAAGGGUGGAAGCUUCUCUCGCGCUCGUAAGACAACGAUGAGCCUUCUUGUUCGUCGCCGCACCGGAUUCACCGAUGCUCUCUACAAAAAGGUCCAGCAGAGCUCCGGCAAGCUUCUCACCUCCGCUUUAGUAGAAGGGCCCUACGGACAUCAAGAUUUGACCUCGUACGGCACCGUAAUGCUGUUCGCUGCCGGCAUUGGCAUUACUCAUCAAGUCCCCCAUGUUCGAAGCCUCAUCGAUGCACAUAACAACCAUACGGCCGCCAUACGCCGCAUUACCUUGGUCUGGAUAAUUCAAUCGCCGGAACAUCUCGAGUGGGUUCAUCCUUGGAUGACAGAGGUAUUGUCAAUGCCCAGCCGCCGCGAAGUGCUCAAAGUACUUAUAUUCGUUACUCGCCCACGCUCCAAAAUGUCGUCUCCUUCAUCUACCGUCCAGAUGUUUCCUGGAAAGCCGGAUAUCCAGACGCUUGUGGAUCAAGAGUUGAUUGAGAGUACUGGUGCAUGCGCCAUUAGUGUCUGUGGUACUGGUUCUCUUGCAGAUGACGUGAGAGCCGCUGCACGCAUCCGUCAGACAAGAUGGAACAUCGAUUUCUUCGAGGAAGCUUUUUCGUGGUAG